GCGAAUGUGGUGAUUCACUGUGUUUUGAUCUCUAUAGACAUUCUGUGAUCUACUUUAUCUUCCUUUUUGAUGAGAUAUUGGAAAGUGGUUUAGGGGUGAAAGGGGAAGUGAUGUUUUCUCUGAUGCAUGGACUGUGGAGUUACAUGUUCAGCAAGACUGAGUUCCAUGUCCUCAUUCUUGGUAUCGACAAAGCUGGGAAGACGACUUUCUUGGAGAAGCUGAAGACGAUCUACUCAAUCUCUGAAGGACUUCCACAUGAUCGUAUUGUUCCAACCGUUGGCCUUAACAUUGGUCGUAUUGAACUCUCUAAUGCCAAGAUUGUUUUUUGGGACCUCGGCGGUCAGCCUGGUUUGCGUUCGAUUUGGGAGAAGUAUUAUGAAGAAGCACAUGCAUUGAUUUAUUUGAUCGAUGCAGCUUGCCCUUCCCGCUUUGAAGAGUCUAAAUCUGCUCUAGAAAAAGCUCUGCGGCAUGAGGAUUUGCAAGGAGCGCCUCUUUUGAUUUUGGCAAACAAGCAAGAUCUCACAAAUGCUGUUUCGGCUGAGGAACUGGAUCGAUACUUGGAUCUAAAGAAACUGGAUGAAAGAGUGUACAUGUUUGAAGCAGUUUCUGGAUAUGAUGGAAGAGGAAUCAAGGAGAGUGUAGAAUGGCUGGUGGGAGUGAUGGAGAGAAGCAAAAGAACCGAAGCACUUAGAGCUCGUACCGGAUAUGUUCCUGUCCCAUCUUCCUAGACAUUGAAAAGAGAGAAGGGUGAACAAGAGUUCACAAAAGUUCUCAAAACCACAACAGAAUCCAAGGAUAUGUGUGCUUUCCAUGGAGCAUAGCAACCUGACUAAAAGAGUUAAACCACAGACCCACUUGUUCCAGAAACUAAACUUACUACCAGAGACUCACAUCAAAGUAGAAUUGGGUCAUGACAGUUCCACAAUGUAAUCAAGUUCAAUGUUG